UGCCGUUCGCUCGCUCGCCGAUUCGUCCCGUGGGCGUCGUGGGCGCGCUCCACGCCCUCGGACUUCGGAUUCCGUGUCAAAAGCUGCCUGUGAUUUGGUCGGCGUGCCCCAGGCCGGCAGAAGGGCUCCCGGACGCCGCCAGGAGGGCGGGCCCAGCGGGGCGAGCGAUCGCGCGGACGAAGCGAGAGAGAAAGUCCCAGGGCCCCGGCACCCGCGCCCACAGUCAAGAUGGCUGCGUGUCUCCAGCAAGACGGAGACUCCAGCGAUUCCGACAAGCCUGGCCUUUCCUCACACCCAGAGCCCUCGAGACAGGCAGCCGGCGGGCCCCAGGGAGCGGCGCCAGCCUCGAGCGCCCGGCAGGCGGAGAUCAAGCUGCAGGGAGACAAGGCAUAUGAUGAAGUAGCUAAAUACAAUGAAGAUGACCUAAGAAAUUUUCUGGAAGAGGUCACCAACGCAGGCAAAAGCAAGCACGGCCUGGCUUUGGCAUUGCUGCGUAAAGAAGAAGAUGCCUUGAGAGAGGAAUCUAGCUCAGGUGAUGAUACUGGCCAUCCAGCUUUGCGUCGUCGAAGUAAAAAGUUACUCAUUGGCCGAAGGGAACAAUCAAGUGGGGAUCAACAGUCUGCGGCCGCAUGCACCAGCACUGGGGGCUCUCUAGGGUCACUGCAUGACCUCUCAGAGACCAAACCUAAGAAGGUUGUUGGGCAAAGCCAAGGUGUUGCCUCGCGCUGCAGGGAAGGUGGUUCCUGUGGAAAUCUCUCGCGUGGUUCCUUUGAGACACAGCCACCGAGGAAGAGAAAGGGACGCCGAUACCGUGACGCCGCCCGAGCAAGCACCAGCCAGCGAGAGGGAGGAUCGUUACAGAAUCUGAGCAAGACAGAAGCAGCGUCGAACGAGUCAAAGAAGCUCCACAAAUCUGGCAGCCUAAGUCAGGUCUGCUCAGAGGUCGCUAGUGGCGCGCGCAGUAAGAAUCGGCGUCAGAAGACUGCAAGUGAAAGCUCGAGUUCCAGGUACUCUCGGCGCUCAGAGGAACGCGAGGGAGAGGGUAGCUCAGGCGAUGAAGGUGCUGUGGAUGUCCCUUAUAGGCGGUUAGAGCAGUCUCCCCAUUCCACACUCUCAACUCACUCCGCUGAGCACACAUUCCCCCCUGAGGGUGUAGGUGGGGCCAAGGGAGGACACGGACCUGACUGCAACCAUGACAUAGAAGAUUCCAUGUCGAAUCUUCGUCUACAUGUUUUCCCCCAAACCUCACAGGAUGUGGACUCUCAGGGGGAGACCACAGAGGAAGACUUCGAUGCCAAAGACCAUUCGUGCCGGAGUCUAGGGGGCCUUGGCCGCACACGGCACUGUUCAGAGGCACCCAUUGAGGAGGAUGGGAUUGAGCUGCAGAGUAUCUCAUGCCAGAAGGCUGACUCGGACAAUCCACACACAGAAGUAGAUAGGACCAUCAAGUUCAACCUUGGGAGACCACAGGAGGACACCAUGCCCAGCAGUUGCGGUCGGCGAACACUAUCCCUUCAGGAUUCUCCGUGUGUCAGUUCAGUUUUCAAAGAGGAAAAGACUUCUAGCAAAAGUUCCGAGGAAGAAGGCAUAGGAAAGAGAAAGCUGCUAGGUGGACGAAGUGACAGCAGUGGAAGUGAGAACAAAGCCUCAUUAGACGAGAACAGUAACCCCAUGAUUACGGGUGGCGCCCCCUCGCUCCUCACGUCGGCUGCUGGGACCGACCGUUCAAGCAGCACCUUCCUCAUGUCAACCCACACUACCUCGCGCAGGAAUGGCAUCAGUGGAACCCACAAGCAAGUUACCAAGUUUGAACAGCUCAAGACCAAGAAGGAGAAGAAGAAGGCCAGCAGGGAGAGGGACAUCGUGAACAUCAUUGAGACGCCGGGCUUCCGUGGCGAUCAGGACGUCAACGACCUCCUCAAGUUCAUCAUUGGGAGCGACGAGGACACCCCCAACAGCAAGAACAAGAAGAAACACAAGGGCAAGGGCCAGGAGAACCGCGACGAGAAGGAAGGGUCCAAGAAGAGCAAGAACAAAGGCGGCCGGGCCAGCGAGGACAGCUGGAGCGAGAAGUGGAAGGAGGACGAGGGCUCCGCCAAGACCAACGAUGACAGUGGCAUCGGAGGCGAGGUCACGUCCAGGGAGAACAACCGGAAGAGCAGGGAGCGGGAGGACGAAAAGAAGACGGCCAAUAACAAGAAGAACAAGAACCAGGACGCCAAGAAGGGCAAAAAGGGCAGCAGCAGCCUGAGGGAGUCGAGCAGUGUGGAGGAUCUGGUGUCCAAGAGUAAACAGAGUGAUAAUGUCCGUGACAUACGCAAGCAAGUGACUAUUGAUGAUGGGGAUAUGUCCCUUAGUGUAUUACAUACAUAUCAGAAUAAUAAGAAAGUAGAUAAAUUUAACCAUUUUAUAGCGAAUGGAAAAUAUAUCAGAGAGUCGAGCAUGAUGGACAUUGCCAAUGACAAUGAGUUCGACACUGACCAAAGGCCUUCCGACUUUGUGACUGAUUUCUAUAGUGUAGGAGACUCGUUCCUUGGAGAGGACCUUUCUCGCACCCCCUCAUCUCCGUCAGGGGGUGACUUUGAGGUGGUGAGCAAGAAAAGGAGCAAAAGGGCCAAGAACAAUCCCCAGAAUGCGAGCCAGAGUGUGCGGAACGCCGGCUUCGAAAGGUGGAGUGGUAGCACUAACAGUGGGGGACACAUCGAUGACAGUUUCCGUACCUCGCGGUUUGGGCAGAACAAGCCAAACCACAGGGGCAACGGAAGUCACGAAAGACCACACAUUAACUUUGUUGAGGGACCACGUACAGUUCACGAAAACAUGUUCCUGGCCCAGUGGUCCCAGUUGGGGGUGGGAGCCGGGGAACGUUAUGCAGCUACAACCACAAGUGCCCCCCAUAGCGAGGAUUCCGAAUCUGAUGGUGAUGACUCUGUACACUCGAUGCCAGUUCCUUCAAUCACUCCUCGGCCUGAUGUCCGCAAGCCUCCACCCUCAUCAGAUUCGACUCCCCAGGCUUCUUAUGCAAAUAUCGCCAAGCUUGCUGCUUCAGCCAAUCGUACACAGAUGAAGCGAGUGGCCACUGUAGGGGCUCCGUCGGGACAGCAGUAGUG